CUAAAGCUACAUUACAAUUUACAAUAAAAUCAAACACCUACCAAAAAAAAAAAACAAAGAGACCUUUUUUCUCAGUUUUCCCAUUUGUUCACACUUUCUUUCUUUCUUCUUCUUCCCCCUUUGGUCUCUCUCCUUGCACCCUAAAACUAACUCAAUUCCUCUGCAAUAAUUUAUCCUCCUGCAAAUAAGAAAUCUCCAUUGAAGAUGUGGUCACGAAGCUUCUUCAUCUUCAUAGCUUUUCUUUCCCUACUGUUUGCGUCCUUCUUAAGCGCAAGCGACCUCCGAUUCCCCCAUAUCUGAACAGGACGAAUCGAUGGCGCCGGAAAUAACAACGCCAAUGAUGCCGAAUAAAGGGGAGAUGGCGGUGAGGAUGAUGAUGAUGAAGACAACGAACGAGAAUAGAAGAAGAUUGGGAAGUUUUCAGAUAUGUUCUGCUUGUACUUGCUGCGGUGCUAAAGGGUAUUGCUUGCUUUCUCCUUGCUGUUAUGCCAUUAAUUGCAAUCUUCCAAACAGGCCCUUUGGAUUCUGCUCUUUCACUCCCAAGGCCUGCAAUUGCUUUGGUUGCCAUCUUUAGUAUUUAGUAGUCUCUCAUUAAUAAUAAUUUAUGUCCUCUAAAUCUAAAUGGUUUCAUUUUUAAUUUUUAAUUUUUUAUUUUAAUAUCAGGAUUAGAGCUUAAAUGUGAGUAUUAAUUUAAGAUUUCAUAAAGUUAAUUUUAUUAUCUUAUAAUAAAUUAAAAUAUCACCUGUUUUUUUAACUUAUUUUUUUCCCCUUGUC